AUGGGCUGCUACCAAACUUUCUUCUUCAAACUCUCAUUUUCACUUGUUCUCCUCAUUGUUGGUGUUGGACUUGGAGGAGUAGCUUCUGCUGGGUUAUCCGCUAGUUUUUAUGACAAAAACUGCCCCAAUGCCCUGUCCACAAUAAAAUCCGCAGUGGACUCAGCGGUGUACAAAGAAGCUCGCAUGGGAGCUUCCUUGCUCCGUCUGCAUUUCCACGAUUGUUUUGUUAACGGAUGUGAUGCAUCGUUGCUUUUGGACGACACGGCAACCUUUAAAGGAGAGAAAACGUCAGUGGCCAAUGCCAAUUCUCUCAGAGGAUUUGAGGUAAUCGACAACAUCAAAGCUGAAUUGGAGAGCCUCUGCCCCAACAUGGUCUCCUGUGCUGACAUCCUGGCCGUUGCUGCCAGGGAUUCCAUUGUUGCACUGGGUGGACCCACUUACACAGUGGCAUGGGCAGAAGAGACUCCACCGCUGCAAACUUGA